ACAAAUGAAAACGUCACCCCCACUUCUCUCUCUUUCUCUCUCUCUCCCACCUUCAUUUCUCAUGGUCAAUGGAUGGUCAUGGUCUCACCCCAUGCCACCCCCAAAAAUCUAUUCCCUCAUUGGUUCAUCUCACCCUUAUGUUCCCUUCAUCUUCUUCCUCUUCCUCCAUCUUCAACACUCCAACCUUCAAAUUCAAACCAAACUCUCAAACUUUACCAUCAAACUAACUAACUAACUAACAUGAGAUCAACAUCAAACCAACCCUCCAACCCUUCUUCCAAAAACUACUUAUUUUUCUCCAAACUAAUGUCCUCUUUCAAAAAAACUACCUUUUUUCUAACCUUAUUCAUUGUCCAUGUCUCUUCUUCUUGUAACCAACUUGACAAAGAUUCUCUCUUAUCUUUCUCUUCAAAUUUCUCAUCUUUUUCACCUCACCUACCACCUCUUAACUGGUCUUCUUCCAUUGAUUGUUGCAGUUGGGAAGGUAUAACUUGUGAUCAAAAUAAUCACCAUGUUACACAUCUUUUCUUACCUUCUAGAGGACUCACUGGUUUCAUUUCAUUUUCUCUUUUAACUUCCCUUGAAUCUCUUUCUCAUCUUAAUCUUUCACAUAAUAGAUUUUAUGGUAAUCUUCAAAAUCACUUUUUUGAUCUUCUUAAUCAUCUUUUAGUCCUUGAUUUGAGUUAUAAUCACUUCUCUUCUGAAUUACCAACUUUUGUUAAACCUAGCAAUGGAACUGGAACUGGAAAUAGUAGUGUUAUUCAGGAAUUGGAUUUGUCUAGUAAUUCAUUCAAUGGAACAUUACCAGUUUCUCUGAUUCAGUAUCUUGAAGAAGGAGGGAAUUUGAUUUCUUUCAAUGUAAGUAACAACAGUUUCACAGGUCCAAUUCCAAUUUCAAUCUUUUGUGUUAAUCAAUUGAACAAUUCUGCUAUAAGAUUCUUGGAUUUUUCUUCCAAUGAUUUUGGUGGUACUAUUGAGAAUGGUUUAGGAGCAUGUUCUAAGCUUGAGAGAUUUAGGGCUGGUUUCAAUGUUCUAUCAGGGGAUAUACCAAAUGAUAUUUAUGAUGCUGUUUCACUCAUUGAAAUAUCAUUGCCACUUAAUAAGAUUAAUGGAUCAAUUGGUGAUGGAGUUGUCAAACUUGUCAAUCUCACUGUUUUGGAGCUUUAUUCCAAUCAUUUGAUAGGUCCUAUUCCUAGGGAUAUUGGUAGACUUUCCAAGUUGGAAAAGUUACUUCUUCAUGUCAAUAAUUUAACUGGUACAAUUCCACCAUCUUUGAUGAAUUGUAACAAUCUUGUUGUGUUGAAUUUGAGGGUGAAUAAUUUGGAAGGAAAUCUAUCUGCGUUCAAUUUCUCGGGAUUUGUAAGACUUGCUACCCUUGAUCUUGGUAACAAUAGGUUUAGCGGUGUUUUACCGCCGACCCUUUAUGAUUGUAAGUCACUUGCAGCAUUAAGGCUUGCAACUAAUCAACUUGAGGGACAGGUUUCAUCUGAGAUACUUGGACUCGAGUCUCUUUCGUUUCUAUCGAUUUCUAAUAACAGGUUGAAGAAUAUCACUGGUGCUCUUAGAAUACUCACUGGCCUUAAGAAGCUCAGUACCCUUAUGCUCUCCAAGAAUUUUUACAAUGAAAUGAUACCACAUGGUGUGAACAUCAUAGACCCUAACGGAUUCCAAAGUAUCCAAGUUUUAGGGUUAGGUGGUUGUAAUUUCACCGGUCAGAUACCAAGUUGGCUUGAAAAUUUAAAGAAGCUUGAGGCCAUAGACCUGUCUUUUAAUCAAUUCAGUGGUUCAAUUCCUUCCUGGUUAGGUACACUUCCUCAGCUUUUCUACAUAGACCUGUCAGUUAACCUACUUACAGGUCUGUUUCCGAUCGAGCUCACAAAACUCCCGGCACUAGCAUCACAACAAGCAAAUGAUAAAGUAGAAAGAACUUACUUGGAGUUACCUGUCUUUGCUAAUGCCAACAAUGUUUCUUUGUUGCAAUACAAUCAACUUUCAAGCCUUCCACCAGCAAUUUACCUUGGAACCAAUCACCUCAGUGGCAGCAUCCCGAUUGAGAUUGGCCAACUGAAAGCUCUUCUUCAGCUGGACCUGAAGAAAAACAACUUCUCUGGCAAUAUACCCGAUCAAAUUUCAAACUUGGUUAACUUGGAGAAACUAGACCUCUCGGGAAACAACCUAUCCGGUGAAAUUCCUGUUUCACUCACUAGAUUACAUUUCUUGUCCUUUUUCAGUGUAGCACACAAUAAUCUUCAAGGACAGAUACCAACUGGUGGUCAGUUUAAUACUUUUUCCAACACCAGCUUUGAAGGAAACUCGCAAUUGUGCGGUUUGCCUAUUCAGCACCCUUGUUCUUCUCAACAAAAUAAUACUAGUACUUCAGUUAGUAGCAAACCCAGCAAAAAAAUAAUAGUAAUACUUAUUAUUGCUGUCUCUUUCGGCAUAGCUACCCUGAUAACAUUAUUGACACUGUGGAUACUCUCCAAGAGAAGGGUUAACCCCAGAGGAGAUUCUGAUAAGAUUGAACUGGAAUCAAUUUCGCCAUACUCAAACAGCGGCGUUCAUCCUGAGGUUGAUAAGGAGGCUAGCCUAGUGGUAUUGUUUCCAAACAAAAAUAAUGAAACCAAGGAUCUUUCCAUAUUAGAGAUCAUAAAAGCCACUGAACAUUUCAGUCAGGCGAAUAUAAUAGGUUGUGGCGGUUUUGGUUUGGUUUAUAAAGCAUCAUUUCAAAAUGGAACUAAGCUAGCCAUCAAGAAACUUUCAGGAGAUUUAGGCCUUAUGGAAAGGGAAUUUAAAGCAGAAGUAGAGGCUUUGUCAACAGCACAACAUGAGAAUCUGGUAUCAUUGCAAGGUUACUGCGUGCACGACGGUUAUCGGCUACUCAUAUAUAAUUACAUGGAGAAUGGAAGUCUCGAUUACUGGCUGCACGAAAAGUCUGACGGUGCAUCUCAACUCGAUUGGCCGACUCGUUUGAAGAUCGCACAAGGAGCAGGUUGUGGUUUGGCCUAUUUGCAUAUGAUAUGUGAUCCACACAUCGUGCACCGUGAUAUAAAGUCAAGCAAUAUACUACUCAAUGAUAAGUUUGAAGCGCGUGUUGCUGAUUUCGGGUUGUCGCGGUUGAUUCUUCCGUAUCAGACUCAUGUUACAACGGAACUUGUAGGUACAUUGGGUUACAUUCCUCCGGAGUAUGGGCAAGCAUGGGUGGCUACUCUUAGAGGAGAUGUGUACAGCUUUGGUGUUGUAAUGCUUGAGCUUCUCACCGGAAGGAGACCUAUGGAUGUAUGCAAGCCUAAAAUUUCAAGGGAGUUGGUCAGUUGGGUUCAACAGAUGAAAAACGAAGGAAAACAAGAACAAGUAUUCGACUCAAAUCUACGAGGGAAGGGAUUUGAAGGAGAGAUGCUGCAAGUACUUGAUAUAGCAUGCAUGUGUGUUAAUAUGAAUCCUUUCAAGAGACCAACCAUCAGAGAAGUUGUUGAAUGGCUAAAGAAUGUUCCCAGAAAUAAAGACUAGAGAAGAGGAACAUUUGUAAUUCAACGAAAUUGUGACAGUAGAUAUUGUAUACUUGUGCAAAUUUUACUUUUUUUUUUGCUUUUCUAUAAAUACAGAUUGUCAUUUUUUACCAAUCAUAUAUGUUGACUCAACUUGUGAGAAUAUUAUUGGCAUAAAGAUUUUGUGAAUUGUAUUAUGUGAUCAAUAUCGUCCAUUUUUAGUUGCAGAACUCUGUAUAUAGGAACUAGUGUUAUUGCUUGUGCAGAAGCUAUUCCUUCACAUUUCAAUAGCUUGUAAUAACACUAUCUGAUUAAGAAUACAUCAUCUUAGGCAAUGCAGGCCUCUGUUAGAUCAA